CGCCGCGGCGCCCAGGGGACUGGAGGGACGCUCUGAGCAUGUGCAGAGCUGUUUGGCGGCGGCUGCCUCGGCCGGAGGCUGGGCCCCGGUGCUGAUGCGAACAGCCGGCUCGGCCUCUGCACCAGCGUGGUCGGCGCCCCGGGCCCGGGUGGCAGGGAAGGAGCCGUAGCCUCCCCACGGCCGGAGGAGCAGGCGCGGCGACGCGCACUCUCUGCCUCCGCUCCCGCCCCCGGCUGCCGCGGCGCCUUCGGGGCCCACGAUGAUGGCGGAGCAGGUGAAAUGCGCCUCGGCAGGGGGCGGCUCCGGAGCGGGCUCCGGGCCGGUGGUGAACGCGGAGCUGGAGGUGAAGAAGCUGCAGGAGCUAGUGCGCAAGCUGGAGAAGCAGAACGAGCAGCUGCGGAGCCGGGCGGCUAGCGCGGCCGCCGCCCCGCACCUGCUGCUGCUGCCGCCGCCGCCGCCCGCCGCGCCGCCCCCCGCCGGGGCCUGCAGCCCGUUGGGUCCGCGGAGCCCCCCGGCCGCCGCCGCCUCGGGGGGCCUGGGGCUCGGGCUGGCGUUGGGCACCGGGGGCGGCGGCAGCGGCGGCUCCAGCCCCGCGUUCUCGGGGACCUACUGCCUGCCCAGCUCGGCGCCCUCCCUGCUCUGCAGCCUGGCGCAGCCCCCCGAGGCGCCUUUCGUCUACUUCAAGCCGGCGGCGGGCUUCUUCGGCGCGGGCGGCGGCGGGCCGGAGCCGGGGGGCGCGGGGACGCCGCCGGGGGGAGCCGCCGCGCCGCCCUCGUCGCCCCCCACGCUGCUGGACGAGGUGGAGCCGCUGGACCUGGAGAGCGUAGCCGCCUGGCGGGACGAGGACGACUACACCUGGUUAUACGUUGGCUCUUCAAAGACAUUCACAUCAUCAGAGAAAUCCCUGAGCCCUUUGCAGUGGUGUAGACACGUCCUAGAUAACCCGACUCCAGAGAUGGAAGCAGCAAGGCGUUCCCUGUGCUUUAGACUGGAGCAAGUGAGCCGAUGGCGGAGUCUCUUCUCUUCAAAUGUCUCACUGGCUUUUCCUUACAGUCCUGUUGCAAGACUCAGCCCAUAUAGCAAUGGCAUUAAUACUCCCAGCUUCUCUAAAACCUCAAAUAAAGCAAUACUAACACCUGAGAGAACAGGUUACACCUCCAGGGGCUCCCCUCUCAGUCCCCAGUCCUCUAUAGACAGUGAGCUGAGCACUUCGGAAUUGGAAGAUGAUUCUAUCUCCAUGGGAUAUAAGUUACAGGAUCUCACUGACGUUCAGAUCAUGGCUCGUCUCCAAGAAGAAAGUCUCAGGCAAGAUUACGCUUCCACCUCAGCAUCUGUGUCCAGACAUAGCUCCAGUGUGUCACUCAAUUCAGGAAAAAAAGGGACGUGUAGCGAUCAAGAAUAUGAUCGCUUCAGUCUGGAGGACGAGGAAGAAUUUGAUCAUUUACCACCACCUCAGCCUCGUCUUCCAAGAUGUUCACCUUUCCAAAGAGGCAUUCCCCACUCACAGACUUUCUCCAGCAUUCGGGAGUGUAGGAGGAGCCCCAGUUCCCACUAUUUUCCUUCAAGUAAUUACCAGCAGCAACAGUAUUACUCACCUCAAGCCCAAACACCUGAUCAGCAACCAAAUCGGACCAAUGGAGACAAGCUCCGGAGAAGUAUGCCUAAUCUAGCUCGGAUGCCAGGUACGACUGCUGUCCCUAGCAAUGCUGGCUCACCAGUCACCGUGAGAAAUAGUCAGAGUUUUGACUCGAGCUUGCAUGGAGCCGGAAACGGGAUUUCAAGAAUACAGUCUUGCAUUCCUUCCCCAGGACAGCUUCAGCACAGAAUGCACAGCGUGGGGCAUUUCCCAGUGUCCGUGCGGCAGCCUCUGAAAGCCACGGCCUACGUGAGUCCCACUGUGCAGGGCGGCGGCAGCAGCAUGCCUUUGUCCAACGGCCUCCAGCCAUAUUCCAGCACAGGCAUCCCCACACCAAACAAAGCGGCCGCCGCGUCGGGGACACUGGGCCGCAGUGCGCUUCCCAGACCUUCACUGGCAAUAAACGGGAGUAACCUGCCUCGAAGCAAAAUUGCACAGCCUGUUAGAAGUUUCCUUCAGCCUCCAAAGCCUCUGUCUUCGCUCAGCGCUCUGAGGGACGGAAGCUGGAGAGACGGUUGCUACUGAUGCGGUUCCUCGCGCCCUUGGAACACGGGAAAGGAGCGGAAAUGAGGGUCGAGUUACCUAGCUGGCUAGGUAACCGUGAACGUCGGGAUAUUCUUUCCCUUCUGCGUUUUAACAUAUUUACUGCAUUGUUUUUCAACAGACCAAGCGCCAGAGACUAAUGAUUGCACUUAAAUAUUUGCCUGAGAGAAUACUGCACCAGUCUCAGAUCCGUGGUUGCGGUAUUGUGACAUUUAGAUCUAGGGGGUUUUUGUAGAACUGCUAUGUACCUGGACACUUUUUGAGAGGAUUGAGAUGUAUCAAUAAUGCUUUCUUUGCCAUGAGUUUUUUUUUUAAGUAACUGGUUCAAUUUACUUACGUGUUCUAAACAUCAUCUUCCCAUUACGUGUUCUGUAUCUUAAUACAUUGCAUAUUUACAACUAGGUUCUAUAAUUUAUGCUUUGAAGUUUACUUUUUUAUAGUUUACAGGAAUUUUAUUUUUUGUGCCUAUUUCUUUUUACACCUCUGUGAACCACUAUGGAACAACUUAAAUUUUGUGCCAUAAAAAUAUUUUUGUGGUAAGGUACUAUUUUUUUAGCUCUAGGGAUCUAUCAGCAAAAAUCCACCAUACAAUUUGAAAGACCUAAUUUUAUGUUGAAUGAGCACAACAUAAGCUGAAGCAUUGCAAGGAGGUAGCCAGAUAGCAGUUAGAUGGUCUUGUCUUUUUGUUAAUUUAUUGUCAUACUUGGGUUUCCGAUUUAUAAAGGCAUCACAGGCUCAUUGCACUUAAUACCUGCAAUGUUUGCUACUGUACCACAAUUGAUUUUCAAUACUUUAUUACAGAGGAUGAGAAACUGUAAUGUUUUGUUAACAAUGCUUCUGGAAAUGGAUGCAUUUUAAAGCAAAUAAAUCUUUUUGAUAGACCUUUUACAAAACCCAUUUGCACUAAUGAAUGCUUUCUUAUGGUAUAGGACUUAAUAUUUGUUACUGUGUACACUGCUCUUUUGGAAUGUUCGGAAAUAAAGACUAUUUCAGCAAUAUCAGGUCACGCAUGAAUGUGCAGCACGAGCAGUAUAAACACCAUUUCUCUGUUUCACUAUCAUUGUGAAAGCAGGAUACUCACAUUUGUGAAAACUAUUUCUCUAGAAUACUCCUGAUACGAAUGGGAGGUUUUGGUUUUGCAGUGAGGUUUAGGUCCCAUUUAGAAAAGCCAUCGAAACUCAGGUAGCCUCUUGCCCAGAAGUACUUACGGAUGAACGCUGUCCGUGAUUAACAGUUCAUGGGGGUCGAAUUUGAGGUAUUGUCACAAUAUCAGCAAAAUAUUAUUCUACAUUAUGUCUGAUAUAUGUUGAAAAAACUUUUCACCUGAAGGUCCUAUGGAAAAGCUUUAAUGUUAAAUAUUAAAAUAGAAACACAUCUAAUUCCAUCUGGAAUGGCUUUUAUAGUUAACUUGCUGUGUAAAUGAAAUGUGAGCUGGAGGAGGGGUGAGAUACCAAAGGGGAAGUAAUAUUUUUUGAGCAUUUCUUUAGUGAGGAGAACUGUCCUAGAGAUUUCAGGUACAUUUGUCUAUUCCAGACCAUCUGCUGUUCUCACCAUUUACAUAAUAAAGAUACUGAGUCCAAGGUAGCAGGUUAACCUUACAUAAACAUUUAGCUAGUACUGAAGCUGACUUAGGAAUCCAGGUUUAGCCAAUCUCAAAUCUGUUUUCCCCACCGCUGUGCUCUUUUCCUAUGAGCACAUGUAAUUAGUACAUUUUUUUAAAAAAUGGGUUUCUAUUCUAAGAAAAUUAAAGGAUUAAAUUCAUUUUCAAUUUAAAUAUUUCUACUUUAAAAAAGUCCAUUCAGCUCUUGGGAUGAUAAAGAGCUCUGUGCCUUGGAUUUCACAUUCUAGUUGGUGGGGGACACAGUAAACGAACAAGUGAAUGAAUCACGGUAUAGAUCCCUACUGCUCAGGGAGGGGACAAAAGGUGCUCAAAGUAAGGGCCAGGGGCUCAAAGCGAGAGAAAAAUCGAGACCGGGAGAGAUCACACUUUUAAGUUACCUGGCUAGAUCUCAUUAAGGACUUGACCCUUGCAGACUUGGGAGAUGGAGAGUUAGUCCUAAAGUUACUUCAUAGACUCUUUCCCCUGGAGUUCUCCAGAACACCAGCAGCUUUGGCAUCUCAUGGGAACUUAUUAGAAAUGCAAAUUCUCAAGCCCCACCCCCCAGACUUAGUGGGUGAUUUGAAGAACCUCCUCACAACUGUCCCUGCAAAGGCUCAGGACGGAGCAGGCCUGGCGUGCUGGAGGAAGAGCAGAAAGGCCGGUGCGGAGUUUCAUGUUACUCGGCAAGGGGAGCCGGGCACUGUUCCGAGCGGCAGAGUUCAUGAUUUGACUUAGGUUUAAAUAGCUCACCCUGGCAUUUGGGGGAGAAUAGACUAGAAGAUGGCAGAUGUAGAUUAAACUAUUUCAGUAAUCCAAGCAAGAGAGGAGGAAUUGGACCAGAAGGAUUUCAGUGGGGGUAGUCAAAGUGGCCAGCUUUGGGGGUAUAUUCUGAAAGCGGAGCUGUCAGGAUUUCUUUAUGGACUGGAUCUACUCUGAUCAAAAAGGAAAACAAGCCCUUUGGGCUGGCAAGCAGAGGGACAGAGUUCCACGGGUAAAGAUGGGGAGGGCCGUGACUGGCUGAGAUCACCAGAGGGAGCCUAGAUGGAGAAGAGGACUAAGGACUGGGAGCUGGGCACAUGUGCCUUUGCGCUUACGUGAGUUCCUCGUCCCGGUAACGGGGCCGCGUGCAGGGAAAGACAGCCCAAGAGCUUCGUUUUCGCACAUGGAGGGGAGCGAUGGUAUUGGGUUAACGCAGAUCCGAGCAGGACUUCUCUUUGGAUUAGCUGUCCCAGUGUAAGCAGCUACCACAAAACUUGGCGGCCUCACCCAACAUCUCACAGUUGCCAUGGGGCUGGAAUCUGGCCACAGCCUAGCCGAGUCCUCUGGCCUAGGGUCCCUCCCCAGGCUGCGGUCAUGGGGAGACUGGCCUGGGAAAGAACGCGCUUUCACGCUUACUCACAGGGCUGUUGGCAGGAUUCAUUUCCUUGUGUGCCAUCCCCCGUUUCUUCCACACGGACCUCUCCUGGGGCAGCUUCCACACAGUGGCUGGCUUCAUCAGGAUGAACAAGCGCGAGGUGCAAGAGAGUGAACCAGAAAUAUGGAAGUUAGUCUCUUGUAACUCAAUCUUGGAAGCAAUAUCCCAUCACUUGGCCAUAUUCUAUUUGUUGGAAGCCAGUCACUAGGUCCAGCCCUCAUUCAGGGUGAGGGGAUGACACGAGAAUGUGAAUACCUGGAGACAAGGAUCUUACAAGCUGCCUGCCAGACACUGCCUCCAAAACCUCGCCAGCAGCCAUACUGGAUGAUGCCCAUGGAAUUUCCAAAAUGAUUAACACUAUCUGUAUGCCGGCAGUAUGAAAAUUCCUGUUACUGUACACCCUCAGUAUUGUUUGUAGUGUCUCUAACUUUGUGGGCGGGCAGUACUGUGUCACGGUUUCAAUUUGCAUUUCCUUUUCCUCUAGCUGGGAUCGUAUACCUUUUCAUUGGUUAGAUUGAACAUCAGCUUAUCUUCUGUGGAUUCCUUUUCAGGUCUUUUGCCCAUUUUUCUGUUGGGAUUUUCUGACCGGUUUAUAGGAGCUCUUUAUAAAGCCUGCUUGGAGCCUUUUGUCAGUUAGAUGUGUCACGUCUUCACGCUGUGUACCUUACCUUUUAACUCUAUGGUGUAUUUUGAUAGACUUACUAACUUUAAUAGGGUACCAUUUAUUCCCUUAAGAUUAGCCAUUUUGUGUCUUAUUUAAAGAGUAUUUCCUACCCUAAAAUCAUGAAUUUAUUCUGUAUUCUCAAAGCUUUAUUAUUUUGCUUUCCACCUAUAUUUUUUAUUAUCCAUGUAGUUCUAAUAACACUGAAAACUCCAUCCUUGCCCCAGUUUUUCUGUCAUAAAGCAAAUGCCUUUGUGUCUGUGUCUAUUUCAACUGUCUAUUCUUGCAGAAUUCCAGAACGGUACUGUUCUAAACACUGUAGCAUUAUAAUUAGUUUUGCCAAACAGCAAAGCAAUCUUGUCAUCCUGUUUUCCCUUAGGAGUGUCUUGGUUAUUCCUGUCACUUUAGCUUGUUCAAAAAUAAAGACUUGCAGUCAGUGACAUUCCAGAAAAACAUCCUGUUGGAAUUGCAUAGAACUUACUCAGUUUGGGGGAAAUUCUUUAUAAUAUUGAAUCUUAUAAUCCAUGAGCAUGGUCUAUGUCUUUUAUUGAUUGAGGUAUUCUUUAAUCUCUCAAUUGUGCCAAGUUCUCCAUGGAGUGCUUAUAUAGUCUUUGCCAAAUUAAUUUCUAGAUAUUUGGAAUUUUUUGCUAUUGUAAGGGAUAUUUUUAAAAAUUUCAUUCCAGCAUUUUGUUUUGAAUGUUUUAUUCAACAACCGUAAGUUUAUGUCAGUUAUAUUUAUCAUUUGUUACUUACACAGUCAAAUGUAUGAGAGUGAGUUUUAUCUCUUCCUUUCCUGUCCUUCUAACUUUGCUUUUUCUUGACUAUGGUCUUCAAUGCAAUAUUAAAUACAAAUGAUAAUAUUUUUCUUUUUGCUAAUUUCAAAAGGAAAGCUUUUUUUGCCAUUGACUUUCAAAUUUGCUAAGAGCAUUUUUAAUUGCAAAAGUGAAUUUUAAUAACCCUUUUCUGCAUCUAUUAGAAUAUCUCUUUUAGUCUUAAUACGC